AUGGCUGUCGGAAAGAUGUCCAAUGCAUAUAUCGCUAUACAGAAUGCCACCCAAGUGAUGAAAUAUCGCAGACUCUUCCCCUCACCUUCGAAAUAUCUCAACAAUCGACUGCAUUUUAAUUGCAAUCAUACGGCUGCGCACCAAAAUACUCCUUUGGAGGGAAUUCGAAUUCUAGAUCUCACGCGAGUCCUUGCAGGUCCUUUCUGUACACAAAUCCUAGCCGACUAUGGGGCUGACGUUCUCAAAAUUGAAAACCCGCGAGGAGCACAGGAUGACACUCGCCUAUGGAGGACAGGAGGAGAGGACCAUCUAUGGAAAUCAACGGACGCAGAUAUGUCUGCAUACUUUUGUGCGGUCAACCGGAAUAAGAAGUCCAUUACUUUGAAUCUUAAAGAGGAGAAAGGACAAGAGAUUCUGUUUCGGCUGGUCAAAAGCGCCGAUGUUGUUGUUGACAAUUUUGUCCCGGGGAAGAUGGAUGAAAUGGGAAUUGGAUAUCAGAAGCUCCGAGAAGUCAAUCCCUCGAUCAUACAUGCCAGCGUUUCUGGAUACGGCGCUGGUGGCCCAUAUUCCCGCCGUGCAGGGUACGAUGCCAUAGCUGCGGCUGAGGCAGGCAUGCUGCACAUCACUGGUGAGCGCGAUGGAGCCCCGACACGACCUGGUCUGGGUCUCACGGAUAUGAGUACCGGGCUCUAUCUCCAUGGGGCCAUUCUCGCUGCCCUGUAUGCUCGAAAGAAUACAGGCCAAGGGCAAAAGAUUGACGCAUCUUUAUUUGAGAGUCAGGUGUCUUUGCUCUCUAACGUCGCAAUGUCGUGGUUGAAUGCCGGUGAACAUGCGCAUCGUUGGGGCACGGAGCAUCCAAGCAUUGUCCCAUACCAAGCCUUUAAAACUAAAGACGGCUAUUUAGUGCUGGGAGCCACAAAUAACCGGCAGUUUCAGAUACUCUGUCAGUUGUUAGAGCACUUGGAAUUGGCGAGAGACCCGCGCUUUGUUGAUAACAGCUCCCGUGUCCUGAAUCGGGCGGAACUGAAAGGGAUAUUGGAGCCGAUAAUCCGUGCAAAGCCAACCAAAGACUGGCUGGCUGUCUUGGAGGGCAGUGGAAUGCCAUAUGGGCCCAUUAACACGAUAGAAGAAGUGUUCUCCCACCCACAAACUGCAGCCAGACAUAUGGUGCACACUCUUCCGCACGAACCAUCAGUCUCAGGGCAGAUCAAAGUCCUAGGUCUGUUUCUGACUAGAUAUGCCGCCGACAUACCCAUAAAGCCAUAUGCUAAUUAUCAAACAGGAUUUCCGGUCAAAUUUAGUGAGACUCAGCCUCGAAUCCGACGAGCGCCGCCGAGUUUGGGGGCACAUACCAACUCUACGCUCGAAGACAUGGGAUAUUCACCAAAGGAGAUCGCGGCGAUGCGGGAACAGGGCAUUGUGUGA